AUGACUAGUGUCGACGAGCUCUUCAAGGAAGCUCCAAGCGAAAGUUCGAGCCUGUUCAAGAUCCGAGUACGUUACUUUUCCCCGUCAACAAGCUCGCGACAUCCUUUUAACGAAGCACAUCCAGAUGCGCUCUACAAAUCAGCAAAGCUCGACUCCGACGGCGAUGUGAGGUCCAAGGGAAAAGAGGCUAUGGUUGAAGACGAAUUUGAUGAUGAAGGCGAGGCUGGGCCCGAGAUGCCUCCAGACAUGGAGGAAGAUAUCCCCGACGACGAGGAAGGGCGCUUCUUUGGCGGAGGAAUGGAACAAAAGACUGCUGAGGCAAUGCAGUAUAUUGACCAGCAGGAAGAGGAGGAAGUCGCGCCCGAGAAAUUCGACACAGCCUGGGUCCGCCGUUUCGCUUUGAACUUUGAACGAAAGAUAUCCAAAAACUCCGAGCUACGAGCUAAAUUUGAGAAUGAUCCACAGAAAUUCAUGGCAUCCGAAGCCGACUUAGAUACAGAGAUCAAGGGGUUGUCAAUCUUAUCUGAACACCCAGAGCUUUACGAGGAGUUCUCCAAGCUGGGCUGUGUCGACUCUUUGAUUUCGUUGCUUUCACAUGAGAAUGCAGAUAUCGCAAUUGACGUUAUCCAAAUCAUUAGCGAGCUUACGGAUGAAGACGUCGAGGCGGAGCAGGAGCAAUGGGAUAGCUUGGUUAACACGAUGAUGGAUGCCGGCAUCACUGAAUUAUUGACCUCUAAUCUGACUCGCCUCGACGAGAAGCAAGAAAAUGACAGGGCAGGUGUUUACUAUAUUCUGAGUGUAUUGGAAAAUUUAUGCUCUCAAGCAUCUCUAGCAGAGAAGAUUUGUCAAGAUGCGUCUGUUUUGCCCUGGAUCUUGACUCGCAUCCAGCAAAAGGAAUCACCUGUCACCCAAAACAAGCAAUAUUCUGCUGAAAUAUUGGCUAUUUUGCUACAAUCUUCUUCCAAAAAUCGAGACAAGUUUAUCAGUCUCGAUGGCGUGGAUUUGAUCUUACAACUUCUCAGUCAAUACCGUAGACGGGAUCCAGAAAAGGACUCUGACGAGGAGGAAUUUGUGGAGAACCUCUUCGACUCUUUGAUUUGUCUCGUUGAUGAACCAGCAGGAAAAGAAAAGUUUUGCGAGGCAGAGGGAAUUGAACUGGGGCAAAUAAUGCUGAAAGAGGGCAAGUUCAGCAAACCACGAGCUCUUAGGGUUCUUGAUCACCUCUUCGGUGGAACAACAGGCGGGCCAGCAUGUGAACACUUGAUUGACGCAGCAGGUCUACGAACGGUAUUUGGAAUGUUCAUGAAAAAGCAAGAAGGACAGAACAUUGAGCAUCUGCUCGGAAUCUUCGCAUCGCUCCUCCGAUUAUUACCAGGGGGAUCGGCAUCGCGAAUCCGAACAUUGGCCAAGUUCAUGGAGAAGGAAUAUGAGAAGAUCGAGAAGCUUGUCAAGCUGAGGCGAGACUACGCCGCUCGAGUGGCACCAGUUGAGCAAGCAAUUGAGAAGGAACGCAAGUCUUACCCGCCAGAAGAUCAAGAAUUCAUGGCAGCCGAAUGGUUGUCUCGUCGAUUUGAUGCAGGCCUCUUUUCGCUUCAGACUAUUGACGUUAUUCUGGCAUGGCUCAUUGCAGAAGAUGACGGGGCAAAGAAAAAGGUUACCGCUCUUCUAGCAGACCGCGAUGAGGAUCUCUCCCUAGUCCGGGGUACACUGCAAGAACAAAUGGAAGGGCUCUCAGAGGAAGAUCCAGGACAGAAGGAUGUUAAGGACAUGCUAGGCACCCUCCUACAGUUUGUGUAA